CGUACACACCGUGUCUUGGGACACCCCAGUCAGCCGCAUGGCUUCCCCGUGCCCCAGCCCCUGGCUCCCUCUGUUGAUUCCAGCCCCUACUGUGCAACUGCUGCUGUUCCUGCUGCUCCUGGUGCCUGCCCAUCCCCAGAGCCUGUCCUGGAUGCAGGAGGAUCCCUCCAUGGAAGGAGGUUCAUCCGGGGAAGAUGAAUCACUGGGCAAGGAGGAUCUGCUCAGUGAAGAGUAUCCACCUGGAGGGGUGGAUCCAGCUGGGGAGGAGGAUCCACCUGAAGUCCAUUCUAAACCUGGAGAGGAGGAGGACUCUCUGAAGUUAGAGGAUCUACCCACUGUUGAGGCUCCAGAACAUACUCAAGGACCCCAGAAUAAUGGUCACAAGGACAAAAAAGGGGAUGAACACAGUCACUGGCGUUACGGAGGCAACCCGCCCUGGCCCCAGGUGUCUCCAGCCUGCGCUGGCCGCUUCCAGUCCCCUGUAGACAUUCGCCCCGAGCUCACCGCCUUCCGCCAGGCCCUCAGACCGCUCCAACUCCUGGGCUUUGAACUUCAGCCUCACCCGGAGCUGCGCCUGCGCAAUAAUGGUCACACCGUGCAGCUGACUCUGCCGCCCGGACUAGAGAUGGCUCUAGGUCCUGGCCGGGAAUACCGGGCCGUGCAGCUGCAUCUGCACUGGGGCUCUUCGGAUCGCCCAGGCUCGGAGCACACUGUUGACGGCCACCGUUUUCCUGCGGAGAUCCACGUGGUUCACCUCAGCACCACGUUCUCCAGAGUUGAGGAGGCCUUGGGACGCCCAGGAGGCCUUGCCGUGUUGGCUGCCCUUCUGGAGGAGGGCCCAGAAGAAAACAGUGCCUAUGAACAGUUGCUGUCACAGUUGGAAGAGAUCACAAAGGAAGGCUCAGAGAUUUGGAUCCCAGGACUGGAUGUGUCUGCACUGCUGCCCUCUGACCUCAGCCGCUACUUCCAAUAUGAGGGGUCUCUGACCACACCCCCCUGUUCCCAGGGGGUCAUCUGGACUGUGUUCAACCAGACAGUGAGGUUGAGUGCUAGGCAGCUCCAUACCCUCUCUGGCUCCCUGUGGGGACCUGGUGAUUCUCGUCUACAGCUGAAUUUCCGAGCCACACAGCCUUUGAAUGGAAGAAUGAUUGAAGCUUCCUUCCCUGCUGAAGUGCACAGCAGCCCUGAGCCAGUCCACAUGAGCUCCUGCUUAGCUACUGGGGACAUCUUGGCUCUAGUUUUUGGCUUCCUCUUUGCUGCUAUCAGCAUUGCUUUCCUUGUGCAGAUGAGGAGGCAGCGCAGACACAGAAGUGGGACCAAAAAUGGCGUUAGCUACAGCCCAGCCGAGAUGACAGAGACUGGAGCCUAAGAGACUCAGAACUCGAAAGUGAUGAGAAACCACCUAAUGGAACCUGAAGGGACACAGGAACAUUGUCCUGUCCUACCCAUUAUACAAUUCCUUUUAAACUUCCAAAAAAAUGUUUUUCUUUUUUGUUCUCUUAAACCACUCCAAUAAGAUCUUUUAGUGGGAGCAAGAUUAGACUCAACUCCCAAUAUUUUUUUUGGCAGAACCAGGGAUCAAACAAAGAACCUUGUACUUACCAGUCAAGUGCAGCCCCACUGAGCUACAUCCCCAAACCUCAACUCCCACAUUUUAAAAAAGUAA